UCAGUGCGGUCUCGCCUCGCCUUGCCCCAGCACGUGGCCGAACAGCCUGCUCUGCUCGAGUGAGUCCGCCCGGCCGUCGAAGACCGCCUUGGACCCCACACGACGCAUGUCCGCCGGCCUCACUGCGAUAGGCAGCGAAUCGAUGGCCCGGCCGUGUCGGGCGAUGCGCAUCGGGCGAACCCAUCCGCCCCACUGCCCGCCCUCCUCCAGCACGCACACCAACUUCAACAAGUACGCCACACGCGGCAUGGCCUCGCCAUCGUCCGGCUGGUAGCUGGCGUCCCAGGACAAGAUGCCGCCGACCUGGUGGUCUGUGACGCAGCGAUUGAUGCGCUGGACGAAGUAGCUGUCGGCGAACUGCUGUGUGGCCACGCGUGACAGCAAGCGGAGGGUGUACAGUACAGAUCUGCUGCAGUGGCGACGUUCUCCGUGCGGCCUGACACACAAAGCGCACAAUGUACCAAACGACACAUGCCGUAUCCCUCAGAUCACCAGGUGCGCAGCAGAUCUCCCUGACCUACGCGCGUCGUCAGAGAUCAGGACGCGCCAGCAGCCGUGGUAGUCCUCCCCGGGCUUGACGAUACACACACGGGGCGUCGGUUGGUGCCGCUCCGCUCCGGUGCGAGCUAAUGACUCCUGCAAAAAUCAAAUUUUGACUGGACUUGCGACACACGGCUCCCCCAAUAAUAACUUCUCCGCAAAGGGUUCGACGAGCCGGAGGGGUUUCGUGGGGCUUCUGGGUGGGCGCUCCUCUCCGGGAGACACCGCGUUUGGUCUGUCGUGUCGCCGGCCCAGCCACAU